AGUCCUUCAGUAAUGUUUCAGAGGGAAUGCUGAGCGACUGCCACAUACAACAAUAGUUGUCGUUGCUCACUGGCAACAUGUCUCACAAUGGUUGGGGUUUUCUCGUAAUAUUAUUGACCAUUGGUUCAUGUGAAUCAAUCCGAGCCGUAUGCGAGACAGAUGAAUGUAAGACAGCUGCCGAUAGAAUCCUGAAUUACAUGGAUCCGUCUGUCAGGCCCUGCGAUGACUUCUACAAAUUUGCUUGCGGGAAAUUCCUGGAAUCUGCAGAACUACGUGAUUAUUUGUCAAGUAACUUUUCGUUCAUCCAAGUUAACGAAAUAGUGGAAGAUCAGUUGAAGGCUAUCCUUUUCGAAGAGUCAACACCAGAUGAACCUAACCCAUACAAGACAAUGAAACAUUUGUUUUCCCUGUGUUUGGAUGAAGACAAGAUAGAUGCCAGAGGAGUAAGUCCAGCGGUAUCUAGGCUGGAGGCUGCUGGAGGCUGGCCGGUGCUGGGAAACUGGAGGCACUUUGGCUGGAGCUUCCUGGACACCGAAAUACGACUGAGAAACCUCUCUAUCGGUGGCGGAAGUCUCUUCCAGAUAGACGUAUCCGUAGAUCUAAAGAAUGCCAGCAAACGUGUCAUCCAGAUUGACCAGGCCGUCUUGGGACUGUCACGGGAGUUUCUAGUGAAGGGGCUGAGCAACCCCAUAGUCCAGGCCUACUACAGUUACAUGGUGGACAUAGCGGAGAUGUACGGGGCAGAUAGACGUCUGGCACAAGUGAAACUCAACGAGAGCUUGAUGUUCGAGAUAGAGCUAGCAAAGAUAACAAUACCACAAGAACAAAGGCGGGAAUUGGAACGCAUGUACAAUUCCUACGACCUGGAAGACCUAAUAACAGAAUUCAAGUGGGUAGACUGGGCAGCACUUCUGGAAAGUAUAAUGCCAGCGUCUGUGCAGCUCAGAAAAAACGAGCAGAUACUCGUAAAAGAAGUGGAGUUCCUCAAAAAGCUUGAGGUGUUCCUACUUAAGUACUCUGAUGAAGUUAUUGCCAACUACAUGAUGUGGCAAGCCGCUAGUGGUAUGACGGACACUCUGACUAAACAGAUGAGGAAUAGGGAGAUGGAAUAUCGCCGUGCCACAAAAGGGAUCGCUGAGCGAGAGCCCCGCUGGAAGGAGUGUAUCGGAGUCGCUAAAAGACUUCCACUGGCCCUCUCUUCAAUGUAUGUUGAGAGAUACUUUGAUGACACCUCCAGAAAGCUAGCUCUGAGUAUGACCAAUAUGAUACGUGAGGAGAUGAUUCGUGGCAUUCAAGAACUAGACUGGAUGGAUGAAGAAACCAAAAAACGAGCCGCGUACAAGGCAUCUCAAGUUGUUCAACAUAUUGGCUAUCCUGAUGAGCUUAAGGAUAUAAACAAAAUUGAAGAAUUCUAUAAAGGG